AACAACGCAGUUAUAUUGAAGUAGCACUACAAUUAUUAUCUCGAGAUUUAACGGUACUAUGGAAAAACGCUUAUGGUUCCCUGUAGGAGGCGCUUUCGAUAAACUCUUUAAGCAUUAUACAAGCUUUCACAGACGUUUGAUAGCUGCUGUCGCAGUUAGUGAGAAGAAAGUUACUCAAGACAACUGUGACCCGGAUUUUUUUUUUUUUUUUAUUAAUCUGAAAAGAAUGACAUACCUGAAAAACAUCUUCAUUUUAGUCACUCUGCGAUGGGUCGUAAGUUGUGAAACGGAAGCGAUACAAAGCAAAAAAACGCCUGCUGUAUUUUGCACGUUCAAAGAGAAGACGUAUAACCCAGGGGAUAGCUGGCAUCCCUAUCUGGAGCCAUUUGGAUUCAUGUUCUGUAUGCAGUGUACUUGCACUGAAUCUGGUCAUGUGAAAUGUAACACCAUCAAAUGCCCUGUGCUGCGGUGUGAGAACCCAGUGACUGACUCUCAGCAGUGCUGCCCACGCUGUGCAGAUGAGCACAGAACUCCUGCUGGUUUAAGGGCGCCCAUUAAAACUUGUCGGCACAAUGGAACUUUAUAUCAAACUGGGGAGACCUUCACCAACCAUGAGCUCUUCCAAUCCCGACAGUCCAAUCAAUGUGUUAUGUGCACUUGCUCUAAUGGAAAUAUUUUCUGUGCACUGAAAACCUGUCAGCCCAUCACAUGCUCUUCACCUGUUCCUGUUCCAGAUUCUUGCUGCUUGGUCUGCAAAGAGGGUCUAACUGACAUCAAUUCAACAUCAUAUGGGGAAGGAGGACAGCAGCUGAACAGAGGAGUGAGGCAUUCUUUGGAUGAAUGUGGUGGGGAACAGGUGAGGGGCCGAGCUGUGUGGGCCACUCCGUCCACACUGAGAGGCUCCCCUAGGGGCCUCAACCUGCACACACUGCACCUUAAAGGAGCUGCUGAAACCACAGUAAAAAUCCUCCUCCAGCGCAAACACCAGAGAGCUUGUGUGUACAGUGGAAAGACCUACUCCCAUGGUGACAUGUGGCACCCUGUGCUGGGGAAAGUUCUGGAGUGCAUCAUAUGCACCUGCAAAGAUGGCCUUCAGGAGUGCAGACGCAUCACAUGUCCCAACCAGUACCCAUGCAAACAUCCCAUGAAGAUAGAGGGGAAAUGCUGUAAGAUUUGUCCAGAAAUUAAAACUGAAAGCAAUAGGACAGAGUGUUAUCUAGGACAAGACAACAACAAUCUUUUGGUAUAUAAGGUUGAACCGUCAUCUGCUGUUAACACAGAGGACAUGGUGCGAACAAUUGCUAUUGAGAGAAAAGGAGCCACAGAGCUUGAAGUGCAAGUAUGGAAAACAAUAGAAGGGGUACUACAUUUGAUGGAAACAGGCGAUGUUAAAAAAAAAGACCUCAUAGAACAUCCAGAGAAUUAUGUUCUACUCACCACAUUAGAUGAGGACACUUGGAGAAGGUUCAAUGAGGAGGAGGAGGACAAAGAGAAAGAUUUCAACAGGAGCAGGACAUGUGAAGAUGGCAUUAAGGAGGUAGUGAAGUACUUAAACCCUGAGCAACUGGACACUCUCUGUGCCUCUUAGUUUGUGUCCUCUCAGUUCCGCAAGUCUUCAAACACCUUUUAUUAUCAGAAUGCACACAAUGUGCUGUAGUACAAACCAAACGCUGGAUAGUUCUCUUGUUUAUUACUAGGAGUCAGUUCAGUACAACUUUGCCGUCUCUUGUAGCUUUUAUAGAAGCCUUUGACUGUAGUGAAGCCAGUUCUGUGGACCUCUGAAAAUGCAGAGUAAUUAAGAGGGAAAGUAAACAUAUACGAAUGCCUUGGUUGUAGGUGUGCCAGGGUUAAAGCAGAGCUGAAGCAAAAAAAAAAAAAAAAGGGUUUAAAGAAUUCCUUUUUAUUAAAUUAAAACGUGACUUUAGCAAGCGACCACUGUAUUUGUACAGUAUAUAAGAGAAAGCUUAAGGUAGACAGCUUAUUGGCCAGGAUACUUUUAUAAAGUUGAUGCAGGCCUCAUUUUUAUUGUGUCAUUAGUCAUGUAUCUAUUAAAUAUAUACCAUGAAAAAUAACUAUUUAUUGUAAAUGGGAAAGUAACACAAAUUUGCCUAAAAUUAAUGUUUCCUUCAUAUGCACAAUAGUUUGGUUUUUGAAUGUGGAUACAUAAAAUAUAUGCACAUAAGAACAAUUUAAUGUCAUUAUAUAUCAGUAUCAAUUUCUAAUGAAAUGCAAACCUUUUUUUGUUGUAUGUUAUCCUUUCUCUCUGUACAUGGAAGUAAUGAAUGAAUCUGGUGAGAUUUGUG